GGAUGAUUGGAUUCGAAUAAUCGAUGAGCAACGACACUUCUGAGAAACACCUACUAGCAAUAGCUUUGCACAUAGUCUGUACGCCCGCCGUGGUACCGCAUCAUGAAUACCAAAAGAAAACGAUGGCUAAACAAUAUUGUCGUAUCUGCCGCAGCGAUGGCUGGCGUAGCUAUCGCAUCUAAUUCAGAUACAACACCCAAUGGUCUACUCUGCUCGCCCAAGGGUACAUACCAAUGCGGAUCAAACCUCAAAGGCUUUAACAAAGGAGCGGAUUACGGGUUUUGGUGCAGUCCCUUAGGGUACAUUGAUGGAUACACACCGUGUGACUGCCUAGGUUGCUGUGUGGUCAAAUCUCAAGGGGACGGCACUAUAUGUCGAGACCCGGACACGCUCAAUUACUAAGCCACAAUUACUACAUAUGGCAGUCGGACCUCGAACACCAUACUUGUGUAUUUGUUUCUGUUGUCCGGUACAUAUCUAGAUUUUUUUAUGGAUGAAAG